UCCUUUUUUUCUUUUUGUUCUUUUGCUUUUUGCUUUGCCUCGCCCCCCCCCGCUUCCUCCCCUCCCUUCCCCAAGCGAGCGAGGCGCUUUUCUCUGCCCCGGGGGCAGCAGCAACACAACAAUAGGGCCAGGUCUUUCUCUUAGUCUCCCCGUGAAGAGAGGGACGGAUCCCCGCAGCCCGGUUCCUUCCCUCCCUGCGCCCGCAACACACGAGUCGGGGCUCCAAACCCACCAUGGAGACAUGAACCAGCCCGCAGGCGGCGGCAACAAGAGCAGCAGUCGCGGGCGCCGCUUCUUCCCGGCCUAACAUGGAAAAAGCAGGGAACUAACAAAGAGCCACCAAGCAAGCAUCUUCCCCGGUUGCAGCCACAAUCAUGGUGUUUUAAUGGACCGAAUGCUGGCCAAUUGCAACGGUGAUUUUUACAGCUUUGAAGGGGAGGUUGCUGUAACCAGUUGGGCGGCAGGCAGACCCAAGGGGUACCAUGAAGCUUUCGGGACCCCUGGAGAGCCAGAGGUUGUCUCUCCUCCUGGAGAUGGCAAUCUCUAGGGAAACUCAGAUGUGGAAGGUGCACGUGCCCAAAAUUCAGACCAACCAGGAUGCAGGCAUCUCUCCAGCCCAGCGAGAUGAAGUGAUCCAGUGGCUGGCCAAGCUCAAGUGCCAAUUCCGCCUUUACCCAGAAACACUUGCCCUGGCUGUCAGUCUCUUGGACAGGUUUUUAGCUGCCGUGAAGGCCCGUCCAAAGUACUUGAACUGCAUUGCCAUCAGCUGCUUCUUCCUCGCUGCAAAGACGAUUGAGGAAGAUGAGAGGAUUCCAGUACUGAAGGUGUUAGCCAGGGACAGCUUUUGCGGCUGCUCUCCAGCUGAAAUCCGCAGAAUGGAGAAGAUAAUUCUGGAUAAAUUGAACUGGGAUCUUCACACUGCCACUCCACUGGAUUUCCUUCAUAUUUUCCACGCGGUCGCCUCGUCCACCCGGCCGCAGCUGCUGGCCGCCCUGCGGAAGGUGAGCCCGUCCCAGCACGUGGCCCUGCUGGGCAAGCAGCUGCUGCGGUGCCUGGCCUGCCACCAGCUGCUGCAGUUCAAGGGCUCCAUGCUGGCCUUGGCCAUCCUCAGCCUGGAGGUGGAAAAGCUCAUCCCCGACUGGCUCUCCCUCAUCAUCGGGCUGCUCCAGAAGGCACAGAUGGACAGCUCCCAGCUCAUCCACUGCCGGGAGCUCGUGGCACAGCACCUCUCCCCGCCACAGCCCAGCUCGGUGUACAUCUACAGCCCCUUCAAGCACAGCCUGGCGCCCUGCCACGCAGGAGCCUUCCAGCUCCACCGCUCUUCUGCCCUAGGCCCCGAGUCCACGGACAGCAGCCCCCCGGAAGUGCCAACCCACGGCUCUGCUGCGCUCUGUCAGCGCCGGCUGGCCCCCAGCCGGUGCCGGCAAGCCACGGCCAAGCGCAAGGUGGAGGAGAUGGAGGUGGAUGACUUCUACGACGGGAUCAAGCGGCUGUACAACGAGGAGAACGCUCCGGAGGGGGUGGCCCUGGAUGGCAAGGCCUCGUCCGCCUGCAGCACCAACGUUGCCUGGCCCGGAGGAAGCGUCUCUCCCUGCCCUCCGUUGCAGCCCGUUUCCGUCAUGUAGUGGCGCGUCCACAGGGUGCCGUCACGCUCACCCGCCCCAGCCUCUCGGGCCAGCAGAGUGAAGGCUGUACCUUACAGGGCUAAGCAGAAGGGAGCUCAGCUAUCCUUUUAAAAGAACCCCCUCUUUCCUUGUGCGGCUAAUUAUAGUUCAACUAUGAUUUUAAGUACUUAAAAACCAAAAAAAAGUAUAAAAAACCUUUUAAAAAGACCCAAAAACCAAACAAAAAAAGUAGCAAAAAUUGUUUCUCUAGUGUUGUCUGUUCCACUGUUGUGUAUUGUAAUCCCACCCGUCGUGUCGGAGAGUUCGCACCAAGCGUGCAAAAUCCUUUCCUGAUUUCUAACCACAUCGAUUCUUAUUCUGAAUUUCCUUCAAUUGGAGAACUCUCUUGAAAUGCGUCUUUUCACCUAUUUUAGAUUUCGGAGCAUCGAGCGCAUGAUUUCCUGUAUUCAUGCACCUGUACUGUUCCUUCCGUUUCCUUUCUUUGCCAAGGAUGCAAGAGCUCCCCCACUUUCCUCUUGUUUUCCGUCAUUUAGCACUUUGGUGUCCUAAUGUGAUUCUCUAAAGCUAGAUCUGCAUUUAAAAUUAGCAAGUUCAAAACAAAACAAAAAUAAAGGAUGUGUGUGACUGUCCUACAUCAAAAACUGGAGCAGUGCAAUUGGACACCUGAAAGUAUGUUAGGAGUGUUUGUGUUUUGGUUUGGACACUUAAUCUGCAGGCAAAAAAAAAAAAAAAAGCUUUGAUUUUAUAGAAAAUUGGAAGCAUUUGCUAUGGCUGCUGUUAGACUGACGAAACCAAAACAUAACACUUGGUUUAAUGUGAUUUCACACACACGUAAGCUUUAAUGAACAUGUGCAUCAAAAAGAAAAUGUAAUUAGACAUUGACAAAAGGAAAAUGUAAUUAGACAUUAGACAAAAAUGUAGCGCACGUGGACAAGUGUUGGUGGUGUCUAAGCCGCAGGGCAGUUCUGCUAUCCUAAGUUUCCGUGUCAACAGUCAGCACAGAUUUCUCCCCGAUUCUCCUUCCUCUCCACUUUUACUUUCAAGUAACUUGUUAACAUGAAGCAGGGGCAAAAAAGACCUUUAAAGACCCUGCAGUUCAGUGUUAAAUGCUCGGCUUCUCAGAAUACUCUCUGCUUGAUUUUAAAGCUCUCUUCACAGCCCCUUGGAAGGUAUUGCAUUCAACAGUCAGACUGAGGAAAGCCUUCUGGUAGCAAUAAAAAGACAAAACUUGUCCUUCA